UUGCAGGCACCAAGAGAUGUCCGUUACCAACAACCAUACCACAACGCCCAAUUUGCAGCUCCACAAACCCAAGUACCAGCCAUUCAAUACCCACAACAACAGCAGUACGUGUCCACUUUGGCACCACUUCUAGCUGCACCACGGCCUAACGAAAUCAAUACCCGUCUUGCACAGCAACCAGCUGAUUUGGCUCAACCGAUGCCAGAUUAUAGCAGGAACGCUCAGCAGGGUGGAUACUCCUUACAGCAGCAGCCACAAUAUCAACAAGCACAGGUGCAAACGCCGUACUACACCACUAAUCAGGAUCCUUUCCAACAACCUGCCAGCACAUUCGGACAACCCUUCUUCCAACAGGGACAACAAAAUCAGGGAGGAUUUCAGUACCCUCAACAACAAACACCAUCACCACUGCUAAAUCCGUUCCAGCCGUUCAUGCAACAGGGUGGUGCAGGCAGCGCACAAUCCUUACUGGAUCCUUUCGGCCUUUUCAAUUUGGGAGGCCUAGGACAGGUGACACCGGCUCCGAACCCGUUCGCGCCACAACAAACCGGUUUCGCGGCUAAUCAACCACUACAACAGCCAUCACUAGCCCAACAACAACCUCAGCAGGGGUCUUAUUACGGCCAGCAACAGCAACUGCAGUAUGACCAACAGCGUCCGAACAACUACAACACUCAAGCCCGCCCGACUGUACAAGCCUAUCCAGGCCAACAGCAACAGUAUCCCGCUCAACAACAAGUCCCUGCUGCUCAGCCACAACCGCUUCAAACCGCCUAUGGCCAACAGAACGGAAACUUACAACAUGCAGAGAAAUACGCAGCAAAGCAACCAACAACCACUAUCUCGAUAUCCCGCCAAUCAACCUCAAGCUCAGAAGGCAUGUUUACUCCAUCUAAUCAGAAACUCCUAGAUGGCACUUUUUGUACAUUAAACCCAGCUGACCUCAAUUCAAUCGGACCUUGGAUGCCCAUGGCUCUUCCAAGAGCUUCACCAAGUAUAGAUGCUGCCCCAAUCAAUCUACAGAAGUACGUGGACGGUAAGGGCCCCGUACCUGCAAUUCCACCACAGCAGUGUCCUCGACAACCCGGAUGGUUACCUUGUAUUACAAAACAACAAGCAAACGAUCGGUUUCUCACUUGUUGUGCUAGACUUGGAGACGGAUGUACGCCACUUUGCAACUACGAUGCCCCCUUAGCUACGAUGCAAUUAGCAGUUCUAACUGGACGAUGUCCACUGAGCAAAAUGGCCGACAUUAUGGUAUGUGCUUCUGGAUAUGAGGACGCCACUGCUUGUUGUGAAGCAUACAACGUAUUCGAACCGGGCUACGAACAAUGUAGACCGUAUUGUAAUCCAGCUGCUGGUCUCCCACAAGGAGGACUACUUUCCGAAAAGUACAAAUGUCUCGCGAAACUUUCACAUAUACAGCAAUGCUUCUAUGUCUCACAAAAGCCCUAG